AUGAAGUUAAUAAGAAAACGUCAGCAGGUCAUGACAUUACCACGUGGUGUUGGUCGACCGAGUGACCUGCAGAUCGACUCUACAGGAUCAAUAUCGCAUGGCAACCAGCCAAUGAAUGAAAUGGAAGAUAUUGACUCGGCUGAAACCAAACCCCGCGCGGAAGAUCAGAUUGAAGAGACAAAUAUGAACAACAGCGAACUGUAUCCGGUCCAAAAAGAGACUGACGCGAAAGAUGACGCUCCCUACUGUUCUCUUUCCGAGCGCAGAAAGAUCUCGGUGAUGCUGAUAGCAUCGUUCUCUGGCAUAAUAUCCCCAAUAUCCGCCAGUAUCUAUUAUCCAGCCCUCCCCUCCCUUGCAAAUGACAUGCAUGUCUCUAUCUCCUUGAUUAACUUAACCAUCACGACAUAUCUGAUACUACAAGGAAUUUCGCCCUCUUUCACCGGAUCCUUUUCGGACGUCUAUGGACGACGGAUCGCCUACAUGUUCUGUUUCACCACAUACAUCGGGGCAAAUAUUGGCCUUGCAUUACAGUCCGAUUACGCAGCGUUAAUGGUCCUGCGAUGUGUCCAGGCGGCUGGUAGCAGCGGAACAAUCGCCAUCGGAAGCGCCGUGGUUGCAGAUAUAUCGACACGAGCCGAGCGAGGCAGAUACAUCGCAUAUGCGACUAUGGGGACGACAUUGGGACCGGCCGUGGGACCCGUCAUUGGAGGUCUCCUGGAUCAUUUUCUCGGCUGGAGAUGGGUCUUUUGGUUUCUUGUCAUCUUGGGUGGCUUCAAUUUUGCCCUCAUACUCGUGACAUGUCCGGAGACGUGCCGUGCAGUGGUGGGAAAUGGCUCAAUACCCCCUGCCAAAUGGAAUCGGCCUUUGUGGGCGACGCUGAAAGAAUCACUAAGACCCCGGAGUUAUAACGUAGAAAGGAGGAUCGACUACGAAACUUUAGAAAAGAGCAAAACGCGCCCGAACCCACUGACAUCAGUGCGUAUCGCUCUGGAAAAGGAGGGUGGUCUGAUUCUCAUCUACGGCGCACUGCUAUAUGCCGGUUACAUGAUCAUUCUGAGCACCCUGACCUCGCAGCUGGAGAGCGAGUACGGAUUCAAUUCCAUCCAGGUGGGAUUAUGCUACUUACCGCUAGGAGUCGGAAGUCUGACAUCCCGUUGGUCCGCAGGGCCUCUGCUGGAUUGGAAUUUCAAACGGGAAGCCAAGCUCCAAAAUCUACCCAUUGUCAAGAAUCGCCAACAGGACAUCCGAGACUUUGAUAUUGAAAAAACCCGUACGCUGAUCGUCGAUAUUCAUCGCCAAAGUGCGGCAACUGCCGUGGCUGCGAACAACUUGUUUCGCUGCUUGCUUGCAGCUGGUGCGACGGCGUUUGCGACACCCCUGAUCGAUCGUAUUAGCAUUGGCUGGACGACUACGUUCAUUCUACCUAAUUUAUUCUUAUUGUACCUCCUGAUCAUGUCUUUGAAUCGAGCGGCCUACCUCCUUGCGGCCCGUAAGACUCCCCUCGAAGUCCGAGAGGCACCUUAUCCCUCGCCGGACCCCGGUACUAUUGUUGUGAGGAACCAUGCCGUCGCGAUCAAUCCGAUCGACUGGAAGCUACAGAACUUCGAGAUUCUCCCCCUAAAAUAUCCUUUUAUACUGGGUGUGGAUGUUGCGGGCGAGGUCAUCGCGGUCGGCAGUGGGGUGACCAAUUUUACUCUAGGGCAGCGUGUCAUCGGGUGCGUCGUCCCCAACCCCUUGGAGUCAUCCUACAACCAAACUAACAAGCAUUGCAGACACUGUAAGAACCUCGCAAACGGGGAUAAUCGAUACUCGGGCUUCCAGGACUUCACCGUCCUAUCGGCGACCCUAGCGGCACCUCUACCCCCAUCUAUCUCUUACGAGAAAGCAGUUGUCCUCCCUGUCUCAACGAUCUUGAUCUGGGGUGGUAGCUCCAGCGUUGGCAUCAGCGCCGUGCAGCUCGCCCAUGCCGCAGGGGUCGAGGUCAUCACGACCGCCAGCCCGCACAACCACGCGCUUCUCAGGGACCUAGGGGUUUCGCAAAUCUAUGACCACCGGAGCCCCACCGUGGUCGAUGACAUUGUUGCCGCGCUUGAAAACAAGCACGUUGUCGGGGCAUACGACUGUAUAUCGGAGGACCAGACCCAGCGGGCCUGUGCGGAGAUUCUCGAAAGAAGCAAGGCCGCCCGCAAGGUUCUCGUGUAUACAAAUGAUGUUGUAACCCCAGAGGGGCUGCCGUCUUCGGUCACUGUCAGGGGUAUCUUCUGUCUUACGGUGGAGAACAACGAGGUGGGCCCUGCCGUGUGGGCGAAUUAUCUGCCCAAAGCGCUGGAAUGCGGCCACUUCAAGCCUAUGCCGGAGCCUUUGGUCGUCGGUACUGGGUUGGAGCAUAUACAGACGGCUAUAGAGAGAAAUUUGGCUGGAUUGAGUGCGGCUAAGGCUGUUGUCAAGCUAUUUUAG